AUGCCGGAGAACAGCCACGCUCCGUCGGUGCGAUCCGGCUCGGCCGCAGCAGCUGGUCGGCGCGGGAAGGAGGAGCUGGAGUUGAUUCCGCGGGGCGGACCGCUGGAGGAUAAGUACAAGUGUCCCGUCUGCACGAAGAUGCUCAGCUUCCCUGUGCAGUUCGAGGAGUGCAAUCACGCGUCUGCUCCUCCUGUCUGCCCGAAGUCUGCUCAGGGGAGGAAUUACUAUACUCAGUUUGAUGAUAGCGUUCGUCUGCGCAGCCGGUACAUUGUGCCUGUACUCAUGAUAGUACCUGCUCCGAGCGUGACAGUUGCUCUGACUAAGCGAUUACUCGUGCCGCAGACUCCUGUGAUAGAUCGAGCCAAGGUCUAUUGUAGAAAGCCAUUUCAGAAGUAUAUAAAACCGGGAGAGCGUCGCCAUGGUAACUCGCUUCCCGACGACAACGCCUCGAGGGUGCCCGUGGCUCGGCAGUAUAAAGACUUACAGGCCCACCACGACGAGUGCAAGUUCAACAUGGUCGAGUGCAGACUCAAAUGUGGCGUGACGCUGGAGGGGCGCUAUCUGAAGAAGCACAUGGAGAAGGAGUGUCCACGCCGCAUCAUCGCCUGCGACUUCUGCGCGGAUAAGAUGGAGUACGAGGAGGAACUGGAGCAUCUGAACACCUGCCCGAAGCUGCCUGUCACCUGCCCGAACGGCUGCCAGACGAAAAACAUCGCUCGCGCCGACCUGACGAGACACGUGGAGGAGGACUGUGUGAACGCGGGCGUGCCCUGUAAGUUCCACAGCUUCGGCUGCGCCUUCAACGGUAAGCGUCUCGAGAUGCGGAAACACGAGGAGAAGGAGCUGCAGCAGCACGUUGGUCUGCUGUGCGGCGGCCUCGUCAGCGCCAACACUGCCGCCGCCGCCGCUAGCAAGGUCACCUAUGACAUGCAGCGUCAGGUCACAAACAUCGACGCAGAGUUUACUUGCGAUAUUGAUGACUUCUAG